UAUUUUCACACAGGCGGUUCAAAUACCUUACGACCUAUCGUCGAAAAAUAAACAGAAGCAAAGAAGGAACGGGGAAAAAGGUUUUUCGAUCCAGAUAUCAUUGCACAUUUUGGCUUCAAACACGGCUUAGCAUAACCGGUGGACAAGUAUUUAUUGUAUAGCUUUGCUUGGAUUUUUCAUGGCCAUGAACGACGCAUUAAUUUUCCGAGUUAGUGCAUUCUCCGAGCAAGGGGGAAGGAGAUACAUGGAGGAUGUUAUUGAGUUUAAAGUGGAGUACGAACCGCCUGAACCAGAGGGUGGUCUGAGUUCGGUAGAACAACAAGGGGAGUCAAAAGUAGAGAAACAGGAGAAUGGUCAUACUGAGCAGACCAUAAUAAGCAAUUCCCCCGAAAACGUUCAAGAAUCGGUGCCUGUUAGUGCAAUGUGGACAGAAAACAUAACAUGUGAGAAGCAUGGUGACAUUUCCCAGGCAGAAGUUCCAGCAGUGCACACGGUCGUUCGGAAGUCUGUGGCGUUUUUUGGUGUAUUUGACGGUCACGGAGGGCGAGAAGCUGCUCAUUUUGCCCGAGACAAUCUGUGGGGUAUUCUGAAAAAGCAAAGGGGGUUUUGGUCAGAAGACCAAGGAGAAGUCUGUGAAGCAAUUCGAAAGGGGUUCAUUGCCUGCCACCAUGAUAUGUGGAAAGAGCUACCUGAGUGGCCCAAGACUCUGACCGGCCAGCCCAGUACUGCAGGAACAACGGCCAGUAUAGUGCUGAUCCGGGGGGAUCUGAUGUACGUAGCCCAUGUGGGGGACUCUGCAGUGGUUGUUGGGGUGAAAGAGCCUGGUGAAAAGAACAUCAGGGCCUUGGAAGUCACACAGGACCACAAACCUGAACUUCCCAAAGAGAAGGAGCGCAUUGAGAGACUUGGGGGCAGUGUAGUGAAGAAGUCCGGGGUGAACCGUGUGGUGUGGAAGAGGCCCAGACUGACCCACAAUGGCCCUGUCAGGAGGAGCACCGUCAUAGACCAGAUUCCCUUUCUCGCUGUGGCCAGAGCUUUGGGGGACCUGUGGAGCUAUGACUUCUACAGUGGGGAGUUUGUGGUCUCUCCAGAGCCUGAUGUCACUGUAAUGACCAUUGACCCUAAGAAGCACCGCUACAUCAUCCUGGGUAGUGAUGGCUUGUGGAACAUGAUGCCAGCUAAGGAUGCUGUCGCUAUGUGUGAGUGCCACGAUCAGAUGGUGGGCCCUAAGGGAUGGUCCUGUGCCAAACGGUUAGGAUGCACGGCCUUGCUGUUCUGGCGCCAGCGCAUGCUCCGUGCAGACAACACAACGGUCAUAGUGAUAACCGUGCAGCACCCUGAUGAGCCACCCAUGACCAUGCACCUACAGGAGCUCUAUGUCAAUAUGGCAGAGGGCCUUGAUAAGAUCCCCCCCGUUACAACCGCAAACUCUCCCUGCCGUUACGACGGCCCCAUUAUGCAGAACCCAGAGGUUAACACUGUGUCCUCUGUGGGUGAGCCUCUCCCCCUCCCAGCUCUGGAGUGGAGGAAUAGCCUGUGUGAGGCUGGUCUCUGUCCCCCUUCAGAGCCCCUGGCAGAGGUGGACUCACAGAGAGUGACCCCAACCGACAGAACCUUGAACGUUUGUUCAAUUGAAGGCACAGGGACUCCAGGGUUCUCAGCACCAUCCACCCCUCUGCUGAGGAGGCUUCGUAGGCCCCCACACACUCCCCUCUCCCCCAGCAUAGCACACCACAGCCUUGGUCGGUCCCUUCAUAGUCCCUUGUCUCCCAGGAUGCCUCGCCGCAGCCUGGCCCGUUCUCCACGCAGUCCCUUGUCCCCUAGAACGUCUCGCCGCAGACUCUGUGACCGAACCCCUCUGAGGCGAGGUGGAAAGGGACAGAGACGAUCCCCCAAUGUUCCCGUCAUCCUACCACAGAAACGCAAGGCUGCCUUGUGUGUGUGCUGAACCUCAUCUUACCACGGACGACAGAUUGACUAGGAUGAUGACCUUUAUCAUUCUGCAAAGAGAUGCAUAAGGGCAUCUGAACAUUGUGUGCUCAUGUAUCAACAAUAUGCCACUGUUCCAUUCAUAGGUUAAGUAUACUUUUAUAGUGGAGUCUGGUACCAUCUAAACAUUUUUGUAAAAAUGUGAUGUUUGUGAAUAUGCUUACUUUACAUCUUAAGUGUUUUUAUGAUCUUUUGUUUAUUAACUGUUUUAAUGGAAAACAUAUAUUUUAUCUAGUGUAUAUUGCUGGUCAUAUUUCCACCCCCUUUUUAUGUUUAAAAUAAUAAUAAUAAUAAAUCAAUCAAA